UUGUGGGUUAACUGUACUUGGGUAUCAGAGGGUUUAUUAAUUAAGAGACAUUUUAUCUCUUACCAGGUCAUCGAUGUAAACCUGCCCCGUGAAGGUUAGCUGCAGCAGCAGUGAUAGUAGCAGCAAAAGUAUAGUGGUUGCAAUUCUGGCAUAACUUUCUUAAAAUACAACUGCACAGAGAAAUAACUAAUAAAAACUACAGCUUAAAGACAGAUUGUUUGAAAUAAUAUUUGCAUUUGAUUCCUAAAAUUAGCUUAUCUUCCUUACUGUUGAUGUUACCAUCACCUACAGGAUAAUGGCAGCAGUAGUAGUUAGAAAUAGUAGAAGCACACCCACAACGUGCGUCAGAGCCAUUCUAGUUGAGUUAAAUGGAGCAUGUGAAUUUUAAUUGAAAAUGGUUUUGAUGACACUUAUAUCUGAGCUCUCCACUACAAACACCUAGUAACCGCUGUUGAAGGCUGUGGACUGGCGGCUCACAGAAAAAUGAGUGAGUGGUUUAAUGGGACUGUGUUCAUGGAACGCCCGUGGCCAGAGGCAGAAAAGUGGAUGCUGGUGGCUGUGCUGGGACUGGAGAUGGUCAUGGGAGUGGUGGGAAACUGUCUUGUUCUGCUGGUCAAAGUCAUGUGCAGGGGUCAGUUCUGCUGUCGUUAUUCGCUUCCUUUCAUCAGUCUCACCUUGUCAGAUUUAGGCUGCUCCCUCCUCAUCAUCUCCGGCUCCCUGUUGGCCAUGCUGACAGAAGGUCAGAGGUCACCGUGGUGUGAAGUCGUCAGCCUGCUGAAGUUUGCCUUCAUCACCUCCUCUAUAGGGAGCAUAGCUGUGCUCUGUGUGCAGCGGCUGAUGGGCGUGGCAUCCAGAGGAAAUGCUCUCUUUGUUGUCAUGGUGACAGCGUGCUUGGCUUCUUGGGUGACAGGGGUGGUGUUUGGGAGUGUCCCUGUUUUCUAUGCCUGGAUCAAGUAUGACCCUGCAGAGAUGCUGUGUGCUGUCUUCUGGGAAAGCAGCUACUCAGACAUGUUGGUCUACAUACUCUGUGCUUUAACUGUCUGUAUCUUCCCUCCCUUCCUGGUCAUCUUCUUCUGCUCUCUACUGAGUGCCACCGGCUGCCGAUCGAGCUGCAACAGUGAUGAUGAUGAAGCAGAUCUGUCUGCAGUCACUCCUCUGCUGGUGGCCUCCUACAUGCUCUGCUACACUCCCUUUGUUGUGUCUGAGCUGAUCCUACUGGGCAGGAUGGACCUGUCACCGGCACCUUAUUGGUUAAGGACACUGUCAUCAGUGAUGUCAUACCUGGACUGUGGUCUGAAUCCUCUAAUCUACUGCUCCCAUCAGGACUUCCGGGAGGCGGGCCUGGCCCUGCUGUGGACCAAUAGGAAACCAUCGUCAGAGCCUGUCCUCACUGCUAUCACUAAACAUGACCUGUAAGCAUGUGAAUUUGUUUUUUGGGAUUUCAGAGAAAUGAAAGGCCCACUUCUUUGUUCUCCGUAAGAUAUAUAAUAUCAAGUCUUUUUUCUUUCUUUUUAACAUGUAAAGAAAUAUAUAUUCUAAUUGCUACAUUUUAUUUUUGUUGCAGUCAUCCAAUUUUCCACCUGAAAUGUUUCAAUUAUAAUUUUAUCAGUUCAGACACUACAGGUUUUCUAUACCUUUCAGCCUGAAAUGUUUUUGAAACAAGAACAUACUUUGUAGUAGGUAAUAGUGACACACCCAAACUGUUUUUGUUUCCAGCUUUUAAUGAAAUUAGAAUGAAAUUGGUGUACCAGUAAUUUAUAAUGCGAACACACAAUGUUGACAAUACUCUUUUCCUGAUGAUGUCAUCACCUGGAGCUCAUAGUUUACAGUUAUUUAUAUCUCACUAUGUAGCCCAAGGGUAACUUAUUGCAGUAAACCCAGAAGCAAUGGCGUUAAGUAGGCCACUUACAGUGGAGAUUACAUUUUAUUCUCUGCUGUUCAUGCCAAAGUCACUGUCUUCCAGAAGGCUGUCUAAUGUAAUGUACUACCAGAACUUGGCAGGUACUGAAUCUGAAUUUCUGAGAGAAGAUUGACAAGGUGUUACCUGUUUAACAGCAAGUCAUUAGGGAACUGACAGGACGGUCAGUGUGUGGAUUGUACAUGGUGUUGUAAACUGUUGUUUCAUGUGAAAGAUGAGUGUUGUCUAACAUUGUCUAACAGUAUGUACAUGUAGUAUGUCAGUGUUUUGUCCCUUGGCAUAUAUUUGAAUGCAAUAAAAAGAUUAAGAUUUGGAACGUUGGUAGUUAUACAGUAAGCCACCAAAUGCUCAGUUCCUAAGGAGGGCCCCAGACAGGAUCUUAGAAAAACUGCAGCCAUGAGUUCACACCCCCUCAGCGGUUCCCUCCCCUGCAUUUUUAAUUAUUUGGAUUUUUAAUUUGAAUUAUUCAGUCAGGUGUUUAAUGUUAUUCCCCAGCAUGAAGGUCUAAAUCCUGCUCCAAAUCCACCAAAAAAGCAAGUGGUUAAAAAAUAUUAUUUAUGUUUGUUGCCUAAAACUUGCCAUAUUUACCUUUACAAUGUUUUCACACCUGAAAUGUCCAAAAACCACACGUGCUUAUUUGUGAAUUAAUCACAUGUGAAACAGCAAUGCACAUUAAACGUUAUAUGUGAAAUCUGA